AUAACGUUUCAUGUCACAUUUCGUAGUACCCUAAAAAGAAAACUAAGAAAAAUUUCAGUGUCCGUAGCGCAUUAAUUCAUGGAAAUAGAUAGAAGAUCCCCUUUACGGUGCAACGCUUUCCAAUUAAAAAAACUGAAAAAGAAAAACAAGAGACCAUCGGACGGGAGCGGAUGUAAAGCUAACGAGAUCGAAACGUACUGUGCAUCUUUACUAGAGCCUUUCUACUUUAAAUAUUUAGAAAAUGACGAGCAUGAAAAUUUAGAGGACUUAUUGUCAAGAAAAGUUUUGUAUGCAGAUUCUUGGAUGACAUCAUCAGAAAAACAGUGCUGCUGUAGAGGCAGCAAAAUCAAAUCAUGCCCUAGUAAUAAAAAUCAGUGCGAUGAAGCGAUAAAUGAGGAAAAUAUAUGCCCAGAAGGAGUAAAUAAAGAGGCAACAGCUCUAACCGGUUUCGAAGAUUUCUGCAAACCGUUGGAAAGCGACGGCGGAAAAAGAAAGAAGAAAUCGUGCGGCUGCAAAAAAAAAAUAAGUGUUGCACCUCUUUGCAACGACAGGAGUUGUCGGGCUGCAUGCGAAGAUGAGCGUGAUGAAGGCGGUUGUGACGACGACUCGUGUGACGUCACGCAAGAAGUCCUUAGAAAACUGGGAAUUAUGAUGAACAAUGAUGGUAAUGAUGGUAAUGAUGAUAACGACGAUCCGUCGUCAGGAACUGCUGGAAAUGCUGAAGGAAAAGAAGGUUGUAAACCUGGCCGACCCGAUCAGGGCAACUGCGGCUAUACGACGUGCGCCAGCAGACGGAAAAGUAUUCCCAAAGGAGAAGGUUGCAAGUCCUACGUCAAAGGAAAUGAAUGCAUGCGACAUGCAUCUCCCAUAGACAUAGACGAUACUAGUGUCCAAACCGCCGAUUAUCCACCAAUAGAAUGGAGCAGGAACUGUCCCUAUGUGUCCAAUACGACCCUAAUGUGUACUGAUCACACUGUGAAGUUGGUAAUAGAUAAUCCAACCGAAUUUAACAUUUCCGGUGGACCCUUGAAGGGUUGUUACAAAAUGAAUGAGGUCCAUUUUCACUGGGGUGAAGAGGAUGACGAUGGUUCCGAGCAUACGUUCGGAGGAAAACACUAUGCGUUAGAAAUGCAUGUGGUUUAUCGUUUAAAAAGGGUUGACCAGUUAGGAGCCCCUCGUCAACUUGUUUUAGGCUAUAUCUUUCAGAUUUCCGAAACGAACAACUCCAUAAUGGAUACCGUUUGCGAAGCGAUUUUGGAAUCUCUGCAGAUGUUCAAUGCUCCGAUUCGGGUGCCUAACUUUGUCCUUCGAAAUUUGAUAAGAAAAGACACGACCAACUACUAUACUUACAAUGGAUCGUUGACAACGCCGCCGUUUACACAGCCAGUUCAAUGGAUCAUAUUCUCCGAGCCUCACAACAUAUCUUCCGAUCAGCUUGCCACUUUUCGAGAGAUUAUACCGUGUAACAGGAUGAAUAUAUUUCCUGAAGGACCUACAAACGUUUACCGGCCUACGGGCGGUCAAACCCAACCAGAACCAGCAGCCGAAGAAUAAAUAUAUAAAUAUACAAAAAAAUCGUUAU